AUGAGUUCAAAUAAUACACAUGGACCACCACAUCUAUCGAAUUUUGGAAAGAGAUCGAUGUAUGAUGUUAAUGAAGGUCCAAGUCCCCUUCCUCGAGGAUUUCCUCUUAGAAAUACUAAUUCUGGUAUAGUUUAACUCAAAUCUGAUAAGAUACCAACUGAUAAUAUAAGAUUGAGAAAGUUACCUGCAGAAUAAAUCUCCGAAAGUAGUGAAAAUGCAGAAAAACGUAGAAAAGUUCAAAAACUGAAGAAAAAAUUCACUAAAACUGCAAAAACUUUCCAAUUCAUGAAAAAUAGAAUGGAUAUGAAGAAGGUAAGAGAUCAGAUUGCCUAGGAGUAGGCGCUUGCUCUUCAAUUACAAAGCCAAGGAACAUUUAAGCAAAGUUAUAACAAUAACACAGGUAUUCCUGGACAAGGUGGAAAUGUUCUGAUUACACAAAUUUCAAGUUACAGAUAAUCAACAAUUUAGAGAUAAAAUACUAAUAGCAUGUCGAAAUUAGAUUCUGAAUGUAGAGAAAACAGUUAAUCCAGCGAGGAGGAAUCUGAAAAAGAAGUGAGCAUUGUCGAAGCUGAGUUCGAUAUGAAUAACUUGCUUCAAAUCAUGAAGGUGCAGUUUAUUGAAAAAGGAUCUUAUCUCUUUAGAAAAGGAGAUAGGGGAGAUUGUGCAUACAUAAUUAUGCAUGGUAAAGUUAUAUUCUUGACUUUGAGUCAAUUAACCUGGCAUGGAUAGAGUCCUAGAGAAAAUAUUAAGAAGGAACUAGAUUCAGCCUAAUUUAUGAGAUACCUAGACACUGGCAGUGAAGGAAUGACAAGUGUAGAGGUUGAAAAUGUUAUUGUAGAGUUUCCUAAAGGUAGACUAUUUGGUGAAAUUGCACUUCUUGAUCCUACUAAAGCUACUAGAUAACUAUCAGCAAUGACAAAAACUGAUUGUAUUUUGCUGAUGCUUAAUUAAGAAGCUUUCGAUAUAAUGGUUAAAGAAAAAAUAAAAAAAGAAAGAGAGGAGAUGGGUAAAUUUGUGUGUAAUUCUAUGCCUAAGUUAAAAGAAACAAUCGGAUUAUCAACUGUCGUAUCUAAUUCGUUCUUAAAAGAUUAGUGGGUAUUAAAAGAAGGAGAAAAGUCUGAAAAAAUCCAUAUUAUAAAAGUUGGACAUUGUGGACUUUAUAAAAAUAUAGAGACGACUGAUGAAAUAGGCUAGAAGGUGAUUAAACAAAGGAAACUAAUGGAUCUUGAAAUUGGAAAAUUAUUUGGUGAGGAUUUUAUCUGUUUCAAUAUUAUGAAUUCAUAUUCUGUGAAAGUAAAAUCGCCUAAUCUUGUACUAUAUUCUAUAAAAGGUGCUGAGUUUGGAAAGAAAUAUAAGAGGAUGCUUUAGCCAUUGCAAAGAUACUUUUACAAAAGACAAUGCUUAAUUUCACAAGUUAUUGACAAUUACUAAGAUUAGCAUGAAAUUAUUAAGAACAACUUUUUCUCAACUGUUGAGAAAGGUAAUAUAAGUGUUUAUUUGAUGAGAGAAUUGAAAAUGCAGCUUGAUCAUGCAAAUAUGACAAUGAAAAAGAAAUUAUAUCGACAUUAUCUGAAGAGAGAACUUUAGCAAAAUGGCCAGAAAAGACCAUUUACUGAAUCAGAAUAAGAUGAUAUACAGGAUUUUAAAGAUAUAAUGAGAGGAUAAAUUAAACUAAGCAGUAUUAAGAAAAACAAGAUAGAAAGAGUUUCGAAAACUAUAGAGUUAUUGAAUCACUCUUUUAACAAAAAGACUUAAGAAAACAAAGAGCCAGUUUAAAAUAAACUAUUAGCGUUAUAAUCUUAUCAUACAAUAGAUGGUAGGCAUUAAAAUUAAGCUCCGAGAAAUUUAGCAUAAAUAACAGGCCAAUUCAAAUAACCAGAGAGCUAAAACUUCUAAAAAAUACCUUUGCAAAUUACAAAUGGUGGUGGUACAGCUUAAUCUUAGUCUGAUUAUAGCAACAGUUUCUUUCUAAAACGAUAAUCAUAAUCUUAACAAUCUUAUGCAUAACUUUCUAAUCAAAAGACAAGACCAUAUUCAGCAGUAUUUGACAAACCUUUGCAAAACUAACUAAAAAUUAUAACUGAAGCUUAAAUAAAUGAGUUUAGGAGUUAGUCUCCAAACAAAUUAAGAUAAUAAACCCCAAGUAAUAAGGCUAAAUCUGACCUUAUGAUAACUUAGGCUACAACUAGUGGAAGUAAAUAUGGAGCAAGUACACUGAUAAGAGUUUAGUCUGCCAAUCGUAUACCUACUGCAACUGGACUAAACAGAGCUUAAGCCUCGAGUUUGUCAAAUUUAAUGAAAUUUCCUGGCCCUGUUAGCGCAAAGCAAACAAUAAUUCAAAAUUCAAUUGGCCAUUAAAUUCCAUUAAACACUUAAGCUAUCAAUAAAGCUUCCUUUGCAUUAUCAACUCCCACAUCAUAUUCAUCUAGACCAUUUUCUGCAACUGGUGGUGGGGGCCACAUCCAAAAUAGUUUAAAGUAAAAUAAGGAGAGCAUCAUUAGUAAUGCAAAAACAAACACUAGCUCUAAUCAUAAUGUUCUAUUCUCGAAUGCAUCCAUAUAAAACUAAAUAGCGUCGACAAAAAAUCAAGAUAGAUAGAACUAUCAUACCGGAGUGCCUCCUAAAUAUUAGUUAAUAAAGAAAUAGUAAUCUGUUGAGAAAAUUGAAAAACUUGAUAUAAUUUAAUGA